CACCUCAGUGUCCUGAGAACUGUUGCCGGUUAAAGUUUGUGUUUAUUUUUAAAAGAUUUUAGAAAUUUCAUGGAACCAAGAAUAUAUCGUGGAAAUUACCUGUUGGUAAAAGAAGUAUAAUAUCAGACUUACAAUAAUGGAGAUUUUGAUUUGGGCUGUAUGUUUCAACCUAGUGUCGGUAUCUAUAUCGAACCAGUUUGAUCCGCACGUUUACCCAGCCGUUGGACCUUUCUUUGAAGGCUGGUACAUGAGGCUAAUUGAUUUCAGUACCAAUAAUAGCUAUGGAUUGUUAUUUGGUCAUGUCUUGUCUACACCGUCAACAAAUUCCUCCUCUCCCAAAGUACUGGCCUCGCUAUUACACAGGAACCAUUGCAUAGAACACAAUAAUACCUGUAAGUUAUACUCUAGCAACGUCGUAUGUCAUACAAAGGAUCUUAAUGUGACAGUCAGGAAUGGUCCUGUUAUCAAGAAUCCAGAUGAUAAAAGUCCGCCUCAUUUUACAUGGCAAACUCCGUUUGGUCUCUUUACACAAACUAAUAACAUAACAACAUUUCACUUUGAUUUUGGAAAAUAUAUUUUUAGAGGUAGAAUUGGACAACCAGUACCAUGGGGACCAGACGGGGAGGGACCUGAAGGCUGGAUUGAUAAACUUCCGUUUGUUCCACUUCACUGGUUUGUAUUUAGUCUGAGAUCACCUGUCAUUCAAUAUGAACUAUUGAACGUACAAACAGGACAACUAGUCGGUGGAACAAAUGGCGUAGUUCAUAUGGAGAAGAAUUGGGGGAACUCCUUUCCUAAAGGCUGGAUAUGGUCACAAGGUGUCUCGCGCCAAAAUAUAUCAUUUGCUCUCUCAGGAGGAUUAGUAUCCUUAGGAGGAAUAACAACCACACAGUAUUUAAUGGGAUAUCGUAAUCUUGCCAAAAAUCUCAAUUUGAAUUAUCGGCCAGGGAAUGCAAUGUUUUCCGCUACACAUAAUGGCUGUGGUGGAUUGUUUGAAAUAAAAGUGUACGGCUUAUUACAUGAAAUCCAUCUUUCAGCGUCAGCAGAUUUGUCUACAUUUAGCGACUGCCUGUAUGGUCCCGAAAUAACCGGUUUCAGACAAGCGUGCAUUGAAAGCUACGACGCAAUUAUUAACAUCACAGUGUUUAAGAGGGAGUUUUUGUCUUUAAAGAAAAUUGAUACACAAAUAAUUAAGUUUUCGGCACUAGAAUUUGGUGGAACGUACACAUGUAACGGGCAAUGCCAAGGAUGAAUCUUGAUUUACUUGCAUGAAAUAUCAAAGCAUCUAGUUGCGUUAUGGAGAAGUGUACGUUAAUGGACAGUAUUUUGGAAUUGUAGGAAAUUCGGACCGAACUGCAUCUGAAAAUUGAAAAGAUGUGAUAUUGAUAUUUAAAAAAUGAGUUAAAGAAUUAGAAAUGUGUUAGUCGACCAUGAUAAAUAUGCC